UCCCCUAAAAUCCUUGCUGGCAGAAAAGGUCUUAACAAUACUCACCGUGUGACAUCCCUCUUGCUAUCUCCUUCAUUAGACAAACCCUGAGACAAGAGCGAAAAAGAACGAAAGCGGAAAAGUACACUACCGUGAAGGAAAUUGAAUUGGUUCUCAAAUAAACGUUUGCAUCGGGGAGAAGAAAAAUGGACGGACAUAUUCUAAACAAAUCGUUGGCUAAGUUGGUCUUUCUUUUGUGGAUUUAUUCAGUAUUUUGUGGUGCUUUCAAAGGACUAGUGCAAGCAGAAGGUUGGAACAGUGAUGGUCAUAGCGAAGUUUACAGCAGCGUUGAUCUUGUACCAUGCAUCUUCAAGGGCGAGAUAUAUUCCCAUGGUGAUUCGUGGAUCAUUGAUCGAGAUACAAAGUGCCAUUGCAAUGACAGUGACGUCAUUUGUGACGUCAUGACAUGCCCGUAUCUGAACUGCGACAAUCCAGUCGCCAUCCCGAAAGAGCCUUGUCCAUUGUGCUUCCAUAACGUCAUUGCCCAGGCGCUACACGUUGAACUUCGCCGUCUGAAUGACGUCAUGACUGGCCACGGCCAACCCGUCACAUUGACCUUUAACAUUGACGUCCUAUUCGACGAAUUCUCGCAGACGACGAGCGUGACCGGUAAACGCCUAUGGAAGGUCUCGGCGUGGGCGAGCAGCGACCCUGACGGGGGAGGAGCGCGACACGGCUACGUCGACCAAGUCCUCACCGCGCGACAGGCGUCACGGUUGCACAAAAAGGAUACCGAUUUCGUCAUCAAUGACAUCACCUUUGACCUCGUUCCUCCAUCUUGUGAAGCUGUGCGCCAUAUUUGCCUCAGUUUUGCCCGGGGUGACGCACCUACCACAAAAUCGGGACUGGAGCUCAUUUUUACCGGACCUAGGGAGGAUAGCCGAGAUAUCAGGAAGUGUGUGCCAGCCCCAACUUGCAAUGACGCAGAACCGCUACAACCCAAAUCGUACACGGGUCAGACGUGUAGAUCUGGAGGACGGGAAUACCAAGCCGGUGAAGAAUGGAAGAAAACCGAUUGUAAAAAUUGUGUUUGUGUUGAAGGGCGUCCGGAGUGUACUACUGAACGAUGCUUACGGCCUAACUGCGCUGACCCAAUACAAGUCGAAGGAGUGUGUUGCAGUCUCUGCCCUUUUCGGUUGAUCGGAUUAAAACUCUCAUACUCCACGAGAGGGCCGUACGACUACAAUACGGGGCAGAUCAGAUAUCUCGACGUCACUCUCACCCCCACCUUCAGAGAAACCGCACAAACCACCGGGGUGAAAGGGCAACAACUGUGGAAGCUGAGUGCGUGGGCGAGCACGAAUAACAAAGGGACUGGAUCACGGAUGAUGUACGUCGAUCAGAUUCUCGACGACAGGCAACAAUCGCAGACCCACACCAAAGGAAAGAAGUUCAAGAUAAAAAAUGCAAGGUAUGAUCUAGAGAAUUACGAAUGUGAGCUGGUGCGGUAUUUCUGUUUCGCAUUUGGUAUUGGAGAUGAUCCACAACCUGAACAUGGCGUCGAGUUUGAACUUAGGGGAAUAAAUCACGAUUACAUCACUUGCAUAGAUGCUCAAGAUUGCCUACCUGACGAAGAUCUGGACAGUCACUGGGUAGACCCCGAUGCCCCAGUAGAAACUACAACGCAGCCACCCCCAACAACAACGCUACCACCAACAACAACAACGCUACCACCAACCACCACAACAGUCAGAACAACCACCACUACCCGGCGUCCCGUUGUCGACUCAAACUUAGUCGACGGAACAACUGGAGACAACAAUGGAGCUUCGUCCGGGAAAGGCAAAGGCAAGGGAAAAGGAAAGGGUAAGGGUAAGGACAAAGACAGAGGCACUACUACUGGUGGCGGUGGUGUUGGAAGUCGGCCAGACCCUUGGGUACCUGUCUACUCGGAAGUUGAACCGCGCCCUCCACGUCCGUGCGUCACACGCGUCACCGAGCAUCGCCAUGGGAAACGAUGGGACGCUGGUCCGUGCACGAGGUGUAAAUGUAAUGAUGCAUCCAUCCGAUGUCUCAUCAAGAGUUGCCCACCGUACUUCUGUUACGAUCCAAUCGAUAUAGAGGGCGAGUGUUGCCCCUUCUGUCCCUCAAAUGUGCUCGUUACCCAAGUUACACCAGCAAUCAUGUCUAACAUCGGAGAACUAAGAUCGGGCCAACGGGUCUCACUCUCUCUCAUGGUGAACGUGACCUUCAGAGAGUCUUGGGAUACUACCGGUGUUUCCGGCGAGGACUUAUGGAAGAUCUCAGUAUGGACAAGCCGCAGACCUGAAGGAACGGACCCCUCCAACAUGGUAGACCAGGCCCUCAGCGCCAAGCAGAGAGUUCAGAAGUACGUCUGGGGAGAUCCAUUUGCGUUCAAAGGUGUCGGGUAUCGGAUGAGGGUGAACAGCUGUCAAGAUGUCCGCUAUGUCUGCAUCAAGUUCGGUCAGUCGGAAAACCCGCUAACGCAACACGGCUUUGGCUUCCACUUGCGAGCACGGCCCGAUGAGGGCGUGCUUGAAGUCUGUACGCGUCUUCCGGAUUGCAGAAGAUAAUUUCUCUGGCAGCGCAAGUAAAUUAAAAGUAGUUAGAGACAAUUUGCAAAUACUGGAAAAGACUUGUAAUGACUUUAGUUGUACAAAGCCCGUCUUUACGUCAACUUUAUACUUAUCACCUGUGAGCAAAAUUAAUGAGGAACUGCAAAAAAUAGUCACCGCGUGGCAACGAGUCUGCAUCUUAUUACAAACUGACGGGUAUGCUAAAGGCAACGGUUUCAUUAUAAUAAUCAAAUGCAGAAGUAUUUCAAUUAUGGAACAAACAGUCGGUUAAUCGAACUAUCGUUAGUUUAGCUUAAAAAAGAAGAAGCAACAGAUUUCCAGCUGUGGAAAACAAUAGUUUCAAGCUAUCAAGAUAUGCACCAUGUUAUAAUUAUUUGUGUAUAUACCUAGUGAUGUUGGUGUUAUUGGUAUAUUACUUCAGCAAUGACAAAGGUAUACAAAGAAAAAGAUAUCAUAAUAUGAAAAGCCCAGGAUAAUCACGUGACAUGAUGAAACGUACAUGCAGCCAGGAUAGGUAACAUUUAAAGAUAUAAAUCAUUUCAAAUCUGUUAAGAGAAAGGUUAGGUAGAGAUAACCCCUACGUUUCUUUUAUCCAAAUAUAAACAUCGAACUAUUGACAUUCAUCGCUUGGUGGACCAAAAGUGAAAUUACACAUUUAACUUGUAAAGUGAGCUACAGAUCGAUACGAGAAAGUUUAAAGGUACUAUGUCCCAUUUGCAGGCCAAAAAAAUAAAAAGGUUAAAUUCCAACGGCAUUU